CCUUCAGAAACUACCCAGAGAGAAAUGGCUGCAGGAAAUCACUCCUCAGUGACGGAGUUCAUCCUCGCUGGGCUCACAGAACAGUCACAACUCCAGCUGCCCCUUUUCUUCCUCUUCCUAGGAAUCUAUGUGGUCACGGUGGUGGGGAACCUGGGCAUGAUCACACUGAUUGGGCUCAGUUCUCACCUGCACACCCCCAUGUACUAUUUCCUUACCAAUUUAUCCUAUAUUGAUCUCUGUCAUUCCACUGUUGUCACCCCCAAAAUGCUUGUGAACUUUGUGACAAAGCAGAACAUCAUCUCCUAUCCUGAAUGCAUGACUCAGUUGUAUUUCUUCAUUGUUUUUAUUAUUGCAGAGUGUCACAUGUUGGCUGCAAUGGCAUAUGACCGCUAUGCUGCCAUCUGUAACCCCUUGGUUUACAAUGUCACCAUGUCUUAUCACAUCUGCUUCCGCCUCACAGUGGGAGUUUAUAUUUUGGCCAUCAUUGGAUCCACAGUCCAUACAGGAUUUAUGUUGAGACUCCUUUUCUGCAAGAACAAUGUGGUUAACCAUUAUUUCUGUGAUCUCUUCCCACUCUUUGAGCUAUCCUGUUCCAGCAUCUAUGUCAAUGAAUUAUUGGUCAUAUUCUUGAGUGCAUUUAACCUCCUGACUCCUGCCUUAACUAUCCUUGCCUCCUACAUUUUUAUCCUCUCCAACAUCCUCCAAAUCCGCUCCAACAAGGGCAGGUCUAAAGCCUUCAGCACCUGCAGUUCCCACCUCUUAGGUAUUGCCAUUUUCUAUGGAUCUGCAGCAUUUAUGUAUCUGCAGCCAUCAUCUGUGAGCUCCAUGGACCAAGGGAAAGUGUCCUCUGUGUUUUAUACCAUCCUUGUGCCCAUGCUGAAUCCCUUGAUCUAUAGUCUGCGGAAUAAAGAUGUCAAGUUUGCUCUGAGGAAAAUUCUGGACAGUAGAAAACAUUCAUGA